GGGGGGGGGGCGGAGGGGACGGGCUGGAGGGGAGGGAGCGCUGGCUUUAGAACCACAGCCGCAAAGAUUCAGAGGCAGAAGUUGUCUGAGUGCGUCAGCUGGAGACUGUCGGGGCAGAUCGGGUACUCUGCGACUUUACAUCUCCUAUAAAUGGAUGAGAUGGCUACCACUCAGAUUUCCAAAGAUGAGCUUGAUGAGCUUAAGGAAGCCUUUGCAAAAGUUGAUCUCAACAGCAAUGGAUUCAUUUGUGACUAUGAACUUCAUGAGCUUUUCAAGGAAGCUAAUAUGCCAUUACCAGGAUACAAAGUGAGAGAAAUUAUUCAGAAACUCAUGCUGGAUGGUGAUAGGAAUAAAGAUGGGAAGAUAAGUUUUGAUGAAUUUGUUUAUAUUUUCCAAGAAGUGAAAAGCAGCGAUAUUGCCAAAACCUUCCGCAAGGCAAUCAACAGAAAAGAAGGGAUUUGCGCCCUGGGAGGAACAUCUGAAUUGUCUAGUGAAGGAACACAGCAUUCUUACUCAGAGGAAGAAAAAUAUGCUUUUGUUAACUGGAUAAACAAAGCUUUGGAAAAUGAUCCUGAUUGCCGACACGUUAUACCAAUGAACCCAAAUACUGAUGACCUAUUCAAAGCUGUCGGUGAUGGAAUUGUGCUUUGUAAAAUGAUCAACCUUUCAGUUCCUGAUACAAUUGAUGAAAGAGCAAUAAACAAGAAGAAACUUACACCCUUCAUCAUUCAGGAAAACUUGAACUUGGCACUGAACUCUGCUUCUGCCAUUGGGUGUCACGUUGUGAACAUUGGUGCAGAAGAUUUGCGGGCUGGGAAACCUCAUCUGGUUUUGGGACUGCUUUGGCAGAUCAUUAAGAUUGGUUUGUUCGCUGACAUUGAAUUGAGCCGGAAUGAAGCCUUGGCUGCUUUACUCCGAGAUGGUGAGACUUUGGAGGAGCUUAUGAAAUUGUCUCCAGAAGAGCUUCUGCUUAGAUGGGCAAACUUUCAUUUGGAAAAUUCAGGCUGGCAAAAGAUCAAUAACUUUAGUGCUGAUAUCAAGGAUUCCAAGGCCUAUUUCCAUCUGCUUAAUCAAAUCGCACCAAAAGGACAAAAAGAAGGUGAAACACGGAUAGAUAUUAACAUGUCAGGUUUCAAUGAAACAGAUGAUUUGAAAAGAGCUGAGAGUAUGCUUCAACAAGCAGACAAACUAGGCUGCAGACAGUUCGUUACUCCUGCUGAUGUUGUCAGUGGAAACCCCAAACUGAAUUUAGCCUUUGUGGCUAACCUGUUUAAUAAAUACCCAGCACUAACUAAGCCAGAGAACCAAGAUAUUGACUGGACUCUCUUAGAAGGAGAAACUCGUGAAGAAAGGACUUUCCGAAACUGGAUGAAUUCUCUUGGUGUUAAUCCCCAUGUAAACCAUCUCUAUGCUGAUCUGCAAGAUGCCCUAGUGAUCUUACAGCUGUAUGAACGAAUUAAAGUUCCUGUUGACUGGAGUAAGGUUAAUAAGCCUCCAUACCCAAAACUUGGCGCCAACAUGAAAAAGCUGGAAAAUUGCAACUAUGCUGUUGAAUUAGGGAAACAUCCUGCCAAAUUUUCCCUGGUUGGCAUUGGAGGGCAAGAUCUGAAUGAUGGGAAUCAAACUCUGACUUUAGCUUUAGUCUGGCAGCUGAUGAGAAGAUACACCCUCAAUGUCCUGGAAGAUCUUGGAGAUGGGCAGAAAGCUAAUGAUGACAUCAUCGUAAGUUGGGUGAAUAGAACACUGAGUGAGGCUGGAAAGUCAACUUCCAUUCAGAGUUUUAAGGAUAAGACAAUCAGCUCCAGCUUGGCAGUUGUGGAUUUAAUUGAUGCCAUUCAACCAGGUUGCAUAAACUAUGACCUUGUUAAGAGUGGUAAUCUUACAGAAGAUGACAAACACAAUAAUGCCAAGUAUGCGGUGUCAAUGGCUAGAAGAAUCGGAGCAAGGGUGUAUGCUCUUCCUGAAGACCUUGUGGAAGUAAAACCCAAGAUGGUCAUGACCGUGUUUGCAUGCUUGAUGGGCAGAGGAAUGAAGAGAGUGUAACAUAACCAAUUUGAAUAAAAAACAACCUUGUUCCCAAGUGCAUGAUUAGCAGGUCAGCUAUUUCCAAGUGAAGUGCUUAUGGCUUAAGGAACUGUUGGUCAUUUAAGGGACUUGUAGAUUUUUGAUUAACAAGACUAGCUCAUUGUGAGAGACCUUAGGGGAAAGAGACUUUAUAAAGAGAUCUCCUCUUCCCGUAGUCACAGUUGGAUUUGUCAGGCACAGCCGAAUGUGCUUAUAGCCAAAUCAUUUACUCUCCUAGAUUACUGCCCUUGACAUUUCCAUAGCUGUAUUUUAUUAUUUUUUUUCUGUGUAUCUUUUUCCCUCUUAGAAUGUCCACCUGUAGGGACUUGCUUAGAUGAUUGGAUAUGAACAUAAUUAGACAAUAAUUUUGCUUUCCAUCCAGUAGGCUAGUUCCUAUUUGAUAAUGAUUAUCAGAAGGUAGCUGGAUGUGAGUAUCUUUUGUUUAUCUUUAAAGUACUGAAAAUUUGCAGAAGUAACUGGCUGUGCAGAAUGUAAUAGAAGCUUUCAUAUUGUUUUAUUCUUUAAAAAAAUCACUAUCUUUUACAGUAUUCUUUCUACAUGAUCCUUUUUUGUACAUUUAAGAGUAUUUUGAUUACAGUAAAUAAGACUGCUGAUUUUGCUACUUUUUUUUAAAAGGUCUUCAAGUAGGUUAAAGGAAAAAAAAACACUAUAGGUAAGGGGGAAAUUUUACUUUCAACCUGCAUCUUCCCUCUCACACCCUAGCUAUAAGUAGCUGAUAUAUUUUGUCUUCAAAUGCUUGGUUCAAUAUAUGCUUAUUUGUUUUAAAGACCUAUAUCAUUAAACUCUCUCUUUAGAUUUAAAACACUGUUGUGCAUGACACUUUGAGGAGAGAACCUGUUCAGAACUUAGGAUACAGUAGGACCAGGAUGCUAAAUAUACCAGAGAUUUUUUUCUAGAAUUACACCUAAGACAAGGAGAUAUGGUCACUCAGAUAUAAAAACAUACAUGUUAGACUUAAUAUACUCUUGCUUUUAUUAAGCUGUUUGCUAUAGUUUUCAAGAUCAUAAUUGUUAUUCUUAACUCUGAAAAGUGAUGUAAUCUGGUAGCGAUGUAUUAGUUUAAAUAAAGGCAUUUACAUAA